UGGGCGGAGCUUUCUAGGCUCACAGGCUGGUACGGUUUAUUGAGCUUCACAGCUGCUUUACCGGCUGAACGAAGUCUAAAUAGCUCAGUGGCUCUUAAUGCUCAGUAGAAAAACCCAAGCGGUGUGUUUUUCUUGUCUUUUCUUUCCUGUUAAUCUCAGAAGAUCUUUUGGCUCCUUUUUGCUGCUCUUGAUCAGCUGGACUUGAACUUUUCGUGCAGCGCGAGUUGCGCAGAUGUGAGUUUCCCUCAGGACGCCACACAGGAAGCUGACUGUGUUUAACGGUGCUGUUACAUCAUGGCUCGAGCCUCUAUUGCCAUGGAUACAAUUGAGGAGGAUCCAAGGAAACACGGACGCCUGACUGACGGGGACGACAGUCACCCGCUGAUUAAAUACUACAAAGCCACCACGCUGAUUGCUGACAAACCGCCGCCUCUGCAUCGACUGCUGGACAGACAGCCAGCAGCCUGGGCCUCUGUGCAGAUCACCAGUGGGAUCCUGAGUUUCGGUCUCGGUAUGGUGUUCGCUGUGGCGUUUGGAAUACACGAAUUUCUAAUCACUCUCUUUAGGGUUCCUCUCCUGACUGGAAUAAUGUUUUUGGUUGCUGGAUUUUUGUCCAACCUGCUGUAUAAACACCCUGGACUGCUACAGGUCUGCUUUUACUCCAACAUACUGUGCCUGGUCGUGGCCACCGUUGGAGCCGUGCUGCUGUGCGUCGAUUUAGCCAGACCUCCGCCACACCAACUGCGCUUCCAGGUGGAAAUCGUGGUGCUGUGUGUGACACUGUUGGACAUGGUGGUCUCUGCUGUUCUCAUCUUCUUCAUGCAUGCUGAGAAACGCAACCCCGAGAAAAACAGCUCUGGUUCCAGCGCUCACCGAGAGUAAACCGAGAACACUCUCAUUCUCAGUCCUGCUGGACGAAACCACAAGAGUCAAACCAAGUUAUUCAAACAGAAAUGACCUGAAAAAUCUCCAAAAACUACCACCCUGGAGACUGACUCCCAGGAAGGCAUAGAACCUUCAACAAGCAAUUGGUCAAAACAAUUUAAAUAGAAUUUUCAAGCAAACUUGAAGAAAUAUUAAAGAGCCAGUUCAGGAAAAAAAAUCUAAUUUACAUUGUUUUCCCACCACCAAAAUGACAGCAUCUAUAAAAAUGGACAAAACUCUGAACACCUUGUGUGGUGUUGAUGUGUUUGUUACUCGGUGGUCUGGUGGACCCACCACAUUAUUGUUUUCUUAAUCAA